GUGCCUCUCAUCCCCCAGUGCGGUUCCGGGUGGUGUCAUUAGACCAGGACUUCCAGCCGACCCUGGAGAAGUACUCGCUGAUAACCCUCACGGACAUUGCGCAGAAUCGGAUUGGCCAGUGGCUGGACGUGGAAGGCAGGCAGGGGAUCAUGGAUCUCAGCUUCGACCUGAUUCCCGACUCCCCGAUGGGCUCGUACACGAUCCAAGUGCAGAAGUCCAGCGGGAAAGUGACCCACAGCUUCACCGUGGAGGAAUACGUGCUGCCCAAGUUUGAACUGAAGGUUCAUCUUCCCGAACAAAUCACCAUCCUAGACAAAACGAUUCCCAUCAAAGUGUGUGGCAGAUACACCUAUGGUAAACCCAUGCGGGGAGAUGUUAACGGCACUGUUUGCCUGCAACCAGUUUACUUCCACCGUUCUCAGAGUAACUGUCACAUCGUGACGGGCAAGACGGAUACAGACGGCUGCUUCUCCAGGGAUCUGUCCACGGACACCUUCCGGAUCAGGACCAACUGGCACUCUGGGAACAUCCACGCACACUUCGUAGUGACUGAGAAGGGGACAGGGAUAACGAGGGAAGGUUCGGGCAGCUGCCAGGUAUCGUCAGAGGUCACCAAGAUCAGUUUUGAGGAGGUGGAAAACUACUACAAGACCGGGGUCCCAUACACAGGAAAGGUGAAGGUGAAAUAUGCCACCCGCCGCCCGUUUGCAAACGCACGGAUAUAUUUGUUCAAUUCCCAAUAUCCGGGGGCACAGCAAGUUGUUACGGACGAGAGAGGAAUGGCCACGUUCACCUUCAACACCUCCACCUGGGACCUGCAGCCCGUGCAACUCAUGGCCAUUUACCAGCUGCCCCCUGAGGAAUUCCACCACACAGCCAGCAUUCCCAGUCAUGCUCCCGCCCGCCAUUCAGUCAAACCCUUCUACUCCAGAUCGGGCAGCUUCAUCUCCAUCGGCAAGGUCGGCAGCGAGAUGCAGUGCGAUUCCCAGCUGGACCUGCCCAUCACCUAUGUGUUCCCGAACCUUCCGCAGGGAGCUCCUCUCCACCUCGACCUCUUCCACCUGGUCAUGGCCAAAGGGAAGAUCAUCAGCCUGGAGAGCACCCCCCUCAUCGUCGGGGGAAUGCACGCCCCACAGGGGGCGCUGACGCUGCCACUCCGCCUGCCCGCCCACCUGGCUCCCACUGCCCGGCUCCUGGUCUUCACCGCCCUGCCCAGUGGUGAGAUGGUGGCCCACUCCACACACAUACACAUGGACAAGUGCUUCCGCAACAAGGUGCAGCUGAGUUUCUCCGUGCCGGAGGAGUUGCCGGGCAGCCAGGUCUCGCUGCACGUCGAUGCCGCCCCAGGCUCCCUCUGCGGUCUCCGCAUCGUCGACCACAGUGUGCUGCUCCUCAAACCCGAGAGGGAGCUCACGACACAAAGUGUCUACUCCUUGCUGCCGGUCACUGAUCUGAACGACUACCCCUACUCAGUGCGUGACUAUGACUCUGACAACUGUGUUCCUGAGCCUGACGAUUCACUGCUCUCACAGGACGACAAGAACUCUGUCACUGACGUGGCUCAGUUGCUACAGGGCCUGGGCCUGAAGGUCUUCACGGACCUGGACUACCAGGUGCCCCUCAAAUGCGAGUACGAUCUUCAAUAUGCGGACCACCCUGUGGCAGAGGCACUAAUGGAAACCGACUCAGCAAUGCCAAUUGCCUCAGUGUCCACGGGGCCCAGGCAGCUCCAGGUCCGCCAGUACUUCCCUGAGACCUGGCGCUGGGACCUGAUUCCAGUCGGGCCAGAGGGCCGGGCCUCGGUGGAGCUGACGAUCCCGGACACCAUCACGGAGUGGAAGGGCAGCGUGUUCUGCAACGGGGAGACCGGCUUCGGCCUCUCGCCCACCGCCUCCUUCACCACCUUCAAGCCCUUCUUCCUGGAACUGGCCCUACCCUACGCUGUGGUCAGGAGCGAGGGCUUCACCCUCAAGGCCAAGCUCUUCAACUACCUGGCCCACAGCCUCAUGGUCAAGGUCACGUUGCAGGAAGCCCAGGGCUUUGAGCUGAAGUCGUCAGACAGCCAAGUUCAAGUGUGUGUCUUAUCUACAGACAGCGUCACUGUCAGCUGGAAGCUUUCAGCCACUGGGCUGGGGGAGGUGAACGUGACGGUGGCCGCUGAGUCCGUGCUGUCCGCCACUCUGUGCGGGAACGAGGUGGUGUCCGUGCCCGAGAGAGGAGCCGUGGACAUAGUACGCAGACCACUGCUCAUCCAGCCGGAAGGCUCGGAGACGGAGUUGACCCACAGCUCGCUGCUCUGCCCGGCGGGUCAAAGCGUGACGGAGGAAAUUGAGCUGCAAGUCCCGGAGGAUGUAGUGGAAGGGUCAGCACGGGCUUCCGUCACGGUGCUGGGUGACCUGAUGGGCAGCGCCAUGGAGAACCUGGACAGUUUGCUGCGACUCCCCACGGGCUGUGGGGAGCAGAACAUGGUGAAGUUCACCCCCAACAUCGUGGUGCUGAGUUACCUGGAGAAAACCCACCAGCUCUCUCCCAAAAUCAGGUCCAAAGCUGUGGGCUUCCUGCAGGCAGGUUACCAGCGACAACUGUCCUACAAGCACCAAGACGGCUCCUUCAGCGCUUUCGGAACCAGCGACCCAGAGGGCAACACCUGGCUGACAGCCUUCGUGCUGCGCUCCUUCCUCCACGCGCGGCCCUACAUCUUCAUUGACGAGACGGUGCUGCGUGAGGCUGCCACCUUCCUCACCGCCCACCGCCUGCCCACUGGCUGCUUCGCCAGCGUAGGGCAGCUCUUCAACAGCGCCCUCAAGGGGGGAGUCGAUGACACCGUCUCUCUCUCCGCCUACGUGACCACUUCCUUACUGGAGCUGCAGAGACUGACACCCACCAUGGCCUCCCAGGUUUAUGAAGAGUCUCAGAACAGACGUCGCCGCAGAGAUUUGAUCAGUGAUCAAGAUCUCGAGUCUGCUCUCGUGCAGCCCCUGCCCUCUGACUUCAAGACAGACGUGGUAGUUGGGUCACUGGACUGUCUGCGUCAGGCCCUGGGGACGGUGAACAACACCUAUACCCUCGCCCUCCUCGCCUACGCCUUCACCCUCGCUGGAGACGAGCCCUCGAGGGACAGCACCCUCCUCCGGCUGGACGCCCUCGCCAUCAAUGAGGACGGCCAGACCCACUGGGGGCCACAUGAGGGCGGGGAGGGUGGGGAGGAGGGGUGGGGGCUCUGGUGGAGGGCCCCCUCGGCUGAGGUGGAGACAACAGCGUACGUGCUGCUGGCCCUGCUCUCCCCCUCCAACAUCAGCCCCACCCAGCUGCAGCGUUCCUCCCCCAUCAUCCGCUGGUUGGUCCGCCAAAGGAACUCGUACGGAGGCUUUGCCUCCACUCAGGACACAGUGGUGGCCCUCCAGGCCCUCUCCCUCUACGCGGGCCUCACCUACUCCCCCGAGCCCCUCUCCUCCGUCUCGCUCAGUGGCCCCGGCGGCUUCCAGCGGCUCCUCCACAUCGACCCCCACAACCGGCUGGUGGUGCAGAGAGCGGCUCUGCCGGGCCCCGGCACCUACAUCGGCAACAUCACCGGCACCAGCUGUGUGCUGCUCCAGACGUCUCUCCGCUACCACACGCUGCCGUCUGCCGGUGCUGCCGCCUUCCUGCUCUCCCUCCAUCUGAAAGUGUAUGGCAUUAUGAUGGCCAUGCUGCAAAUCAACGUCACCUACACGGGAUCCCGCAACGUCUCCAACAUGGUGAUCGUCAACGUGAAGAUGCUCUCCGGGUAUUCCCCCCAGACCACGAUGCCUGUGGGUGUGAGUCGCAUAGAGUCAAAGGACGGACAUUUCCUGAUGUACAUUGAAAAGAUGGACGCCGGCCAGACCCUCCCCCUGCACGUCUUCAUCUUCCAGGAAUUCCCUGUGGAAAACCUGCAGGGGGCCCACGUCUCCGUCUACGAUUACUACGUGACUGACGAGGCUGCCAUUGCUGGGUACCAGUGGCCCACUAUGAGUAUUCCCUUUAUCCCGCUCCCUGUGUUGACAGUGGUGGAGGACGCGGUUUGAGUGGAAAGGACAUAGAGGCUCCCAGUGCCGGACAGAAGCCGAGAACAAUCUCCAACCAAGAAUCAGCCUCAAUAAAUGACUAAAUCAAUCCUC